UACAUACACAAGACCAAAUUAAAAAAAAAUCACUAUUUACCUAGCAAUUUUUUGAAAAGUCCGUUGCCGCAGUUUAGUAGUGGCCACCGUAUGGCAAACAUGGAAGACUAUUGGGGUCUCAGUAGAACCACUGAAAUAAACUGUACACAACCCGCCAUAGAUGAUUUCCCCAGAGAUUUGUUUACAGAGGCGCAAAGACAGUCCGGUGCUGUAGUACUUCAUGUGAUAGCCAGUUUAUAUUUAUUUCUAGCAUUAGCUGUAGUAUGUGAUGAAUAUUUCGUACCUGCAGUCGAAAAAAUCUGCGCGGCGCUUAAUAUGUCAAAUGAUGUUGCGGGAGCAACUUUUAUGGCAGCUGCAACAUCCGCCCCAGAAUUGUUUGUCAAUGUAAUAGGUACAUUUAUCACAGAAGGUGAUAUUGGAGUUGGAACUAUUGUUGGUUCAGCAGUCUUCAAUAUAUUAGCUGUUGCAGCGUGUUGUGGUAUUGGGGCGGGAAUGACGAUACCUCUAGAUUGGUGGCCACUAACCAGAGAUAGUAUUGCUUAUGGAAUCACAGUGGCCAUUUUAAUUUGUGUAAUGCACGAUGAACGAGUAGAAUGGUAUGAAGCUCUCAUACUGGUAUCAUUGUACGCAGUUUAUUUGGCAGUUAUGUAUUUCGAUAAAACAUUUCAAAAGUGUGCAAAAGGUGGUGUCGAACACGCAAGAACACGCAGUAGAUCUUCAAACAGCAGUAUACAGAUAAAAGCAAGCAAUGAAAAGGACCCAGAAAUCGUUGAAAACCGCAUUUGCCACAACAUAUCAACUAUUCAACUGAACGGUGGUGUCAACAAUGAACCGCCAAAAUUACAACCAACUUCCGGUCAAACAUCAAACCAAAUUUCAACAGUUGAAGUAUCAGAAGUAGAAUCAUCUCAAGAAGAAGAAGAGGAAGAGCGUUACUCAUUGAUUCACUGGCCUAAGGGCAAGAGCUGCUUUGCCCAAUUUACCUGGCUUAUUAUUUGGCCAAUACAUCUUUUGUUUUAUAUUGCAAUACCCGAUUGCAAACGAGCGAAAAACAGCAAAAUAUUUCCAGUAACUUUUAUGAUGUGCAUUGUUUGGAUUGGAUCGCUGUCAUAUGUUGUUGCUUGGAUGAUAACUAUAAUUGGUGAUACGUUAAAGAUUCCCGACUCAGUAAUGGGAAUAACAUUUUUGGCAGCAGGCACUAGUGUCCCAGAAGCAGUUUCAAGUGUGAUUGUAGCCAAGCGAGGACAUGGCUCAAUGGGAAUAUGUAAUUCAAUCGGCUCAAAUACAUUUGACAUUCUGCUAUGCCUUGGUGUUCCAUGGCUCAUCAAAGCUGUCUUCUUUCCAAUACAACCAGGUCAAAAUUUCGUCGGAAUCAAUUCGGCAGGAUUAGAAUAUUCAGCUAUUACACUUCUAUCAACAUUAUUUUUGCUAUACAUAACAUUUUCGUGUAACAAAUUUAAACUGGACAAGAAAGUGGGAAUGGCAUGCCUCGUCAUGUAUUUGGUAUUUUUAGUGUUUGCCUCAUUAAUAGAAUUAAACGUUUUCUUCCGAGUGAAUCUGCCAACUUGUGGACGAACUUAAAGCUCAUAAUUUGGCCUUCAUUUAAUAAGCAUUCUGUAGAACAAAAUUUUUGUUUGUUCGUUUUAUUUGGUAUUGAGAUGUUAAUUUUUUUUUUUUUAGAUUAGUUCUCAAUAGUUAAGGCCUUAUCAAUUCUAUGCAUCCUUACUUUUUAUUUCUACUUUCUGUUAUUUUAGUUUCUUUUUGUUGUUGUUGGUUUGUUUAUAAUAUAAUAUGUAGUUGUAAUUAUUGAUUUUUGUAUAUCAGUGUAAACCAAUUACAACUUUAAAUACACAUAGAAUAGAACAAUACAUAUAAAAUUGAUAAGGCAGUAAAAAGAAGAUUGUAAAAUGUAAAUAUUUUUAUCACAUAUUUUUUGUGAAGCAAAAAAUAAAAAAUGGAAAAAACAAACAAAA